ACAGAUAUACAAAUCAAAUCAUCAUACAGAUGUAGAGGUGAAGGGAAGAGUGUUGAGAGACUGUGUUGGUAAAUUUGUCUUUGUUGUGAAAUAAUUGAUACAGCAAAGCUUAGUCAGGUGAGGUAUGGUAGAGAGAAAAUUGAGUAAUUGUUGAAGUAUGUGGAACUGAUAGGUAGGGAUAUAAUAACAUUACAGGUGUAUAAUGUGAAUGUGUAACUUGUUUCGGGAAACUAGGCGUAUGUCGCGUGUCACUACGUCACAGGAGCGCCAUUUGAACGUAAACUUCAUUUAAAAAAAAUCUAAUUGUGUUUUUUGGCAGAAAUGCCUUCUUAAACAUGUGAAAUUUCAUGUGCCUUAAUAGCAAACUUGUAUGCCAUCUGUAAAUACGAAUAACAUUGUUAAGUUAGGAGCCUAGUUGGUUUAGCCACGGAAAAAGACAGCAACCUAAUCGCUAGCCAUGAUUGGUUGAGAUGAUGAGUGGGCUGGACAUGCCGAGAGAAUGUUCUGAUUGGUCUGCCAUGUAGCGGGCUUCUGUCUAUUACAUGAGCUGGUCAGUAUGUGUAGGUAAUCCUUACUAGCACAGCUUUUUUUUAUUUUAAGAUAUCACGUAGUAGAGCUGCAUAAGUGUUGCUCUCCACUUUCUGGAGGACUGAGUUUUGAAAUCAGUGGAAUUAAGAGUAUGAUAGCUAAGGAGAUGGAAAAAAUUAUGGCAUUUGAUUGCAAAUAUGCAGACGGAAUUGAAAAGAGAACACACAGAAGGCUGUCUCCGGAUUGCAUCGUCAAACUAAGGGCAACUAUGGCAUCUGUGACAGAGAGGGAGAAGCGUCCAUCCAUGUAUACGGAGCCAUGUUCACUGGAGGCAUGAGGGAGUCAAACCAGGACACCAUUGAGCUGAAGGGCUUGUCUGCCCGCGGCCUGAAACACAUAAUUGACUUUGCCUACAGCGCAGAGGUCACGCUUGACCUGGACUGCAUUCAAGACGUACUGGGAGCAGCAGUCUUUCUACAGAUGGUCCCAGUCGUUGACCUCUGCGAAGAAUUCCUCAAGUCGGCUAUGAGCGUAGAGACCUGCCUGAACAUCGGCCAGAUGGCCACCACCUUCAACCUGACCUCCCUCAAGGAGUCUGUGGACACCUUCACCUUCCGCCACUUCCUGCAGAUUGCCGAGGAGGAAGACUUCCUGCACAUCCCCAUGGAGCGCCUGGUCUUCUUCCUGCAGAGCAACAAGCUGAAGAACUGCAGCGAGAUUGACCUGUUCCAUGCUGCCAUCCGCUGGCUGCAGCACGACAAGGCCCGCCGAGCCGGUGUAAACAAGGUCCUCUGCCACGUGCGAUUCCCCCUCAUGCCCUCCUCGGAGCUGGUGGACAGUGUGCAGACGGUGGACAUCAUGGUGGAGGACGUGCUGUGCAGGCAGUACCUCCUGGAGGCCUUCAACUACCAGAUCCUCCCAUUCCGUCAGCACAAGAUGCAGUCCCCGCGGACCGUGAUCCGCUCCGACAUGGUUUCGCUAAUUACCUUUGGCGGGACACCCUACACUGAGAACGAUCGUACUGUGAGCAGUAAGGUGUUCUAUCUCCCAGACAUUGCAGCGCGUCAGUUCAAGGAACUAACGGAGAUGGAGACAGGAUCCAGCCACGCCUGUGUAUCAGUGCUGGACAACUUUGUGUACGUAGUCGGCGGGCAGCACCUGCAAUACCGCAGCGGUGAAGGGGCAGUGGACAUCUGCUUACGGUACGACCCACACCUGAGCAAAUGGCUGCGUAUCCAGCCAAUGCAGGAGGGACGUAUUCAGUUCCACCUCAACGCUCUUCAAGGACAACUCUAUGCCACUGGGGGGCGCAACCGAUCUGGAAGUCUGUCGUCCGUAGAGUGCUACUGUCCUAAGAAAAACGAGUGGACCUACGUGGAACCACUGAAACGCAGAAUCUGGGGCCAUGCAGGAACUCCCUGUGGCGACAAGCUCUACAUCUCAGGGGGUUACGGUGUCUCAGUGGAUGAUAAGAAAACCCUGCACUGUUACGAUCCCACGUCUGACCAAUGGGAUUUCAAAUCGCCUAUGAACGAGCCCAGAGUGCUUCAUGCUAUGAUCAGUGCCAAAGACCGUGUUUACUGCCUGGGCGGUCGCAUGGACCACGUGGAUCGCUGCUUUGACGUCCUGGCAGUUGAGUAUUAUAUUCCAGAGAAUGACCAGUGGACCACUGUUAGCCCCAUGCGAACAGGGCAAUCGGAGGCAGGCUGCUGCUUGUUGGAUAAAAAGAUCUAUAUUGUUGGCGGGUACAAUUGGCAUCUAAAUAAUGUCACAAGCAUUGUGCAAGUGUACAACACAGAGGCUGAUGAGUGGGAGAGGGAUUUGCACUUUCCUGAGUCUUUUGCAGGAAUUGCGUGUACGCCGAUCAUACUUCCACAAACCACCACACAACGGUAAUCCUUCGGCCCAAAGUGACUGACAAUUUGAUUCAAUGUGUUCUUACUGUUGAGCUGUCAAAUUAAUACAAACAUGGCACAUUACAUAAACUAUUGUAAUAUUAGUGGUAAUCUUGAUGUAAUGUGGGUGGGUGGGUGUGUGUGUUUGAGGGAAUAAGUGGAAAUAGGAAUACGGUUUUGCUAUAAUGUACAGUGUAUUACUUCAUUUUCCAACCUAUGGUGGAGGUCCAUGUGCUGCAUCGUAAUGAGCAGUUUUAUUGGAAAAUAAGUGUUAGCUUUCCUGGACAAACUCGCUUUUAGGGUAUUUUAAACAACACUUAAAACACUACCCACAGUCAAAAACCUAUUAACUGAUUUGCAGGAUACAGUUUUUUAAUUUGUGCCAUGCAUCAAGGAAGCAUGUUUUGAUUAUUUAAUUGAGUACAUUCAUUCAAAUAAUAUAUAAAAAUAUAUAUAUAUAUAUAUAUUUUUUUACAACAUAUAGGAUGACAUAUUUGACUGCUUAGGACCAUUUGAGACCUAGUGAUUGACUGAAGAAGACCUUUCAGUAGCUCUACUAAUGUUUUAUGUUUAUUUCAGAACAUCUGUUUUUGCUGUGUAUGUUGAUGUGCUCAUUAGGCUGUUCAAUUGACUGGAGACGUUUACACACAGUCAUCAAAAUGAAACGUGUAUUCUAACUGACAAGCUAAUAUGUCUCUUAUGGCACCGUAAUCAUUUUUUUCAACCCCUUUGUGUAAGUGUGUGAGAACAUCUGUGUUUACUGCUCCUUUGGUAGGUAUUAGGUAGGCUUCCUGAAUAUUCUGAAGUCUCUUAUACUGUGUAUAAUCAAUAUACUGUAGAUCAGAAUGAAGUGCUUUUGUCUUGUCCAUCUCUUGCAGUGUUUAGUUGUGGGGGAAACUGGUCAAGUGGUCGGAUAUAUUUUGGAGCCACGUUCUUUCUCCAAGCUCCUACAUAAAAGGACAGCAUCGGUGUGAGCACUAUGGUAAUGAAUUUACCUAGACAAGCGUACUGCUUUCAUUUAUCCAGUCCUGCCAGAACUGUGAAACUCAAAGAGCUGGGCGCAAGGCACUGAACUUCACAUAAGGGUCAAAGUAAAGGCAUAGAUGGAAAGAAAAGCACAGCGCACAAGCAGUGAUAUGUGAUUAUUUUCCCUAGUGUAUUUCUUACCUUAGCACAGUGCAGAUGGUAGCAUUUUUGUUUUAUGAAGAGUAGCCUAUUUGUGAGGCUUUCAGUAUUGUAUGCAAAACUGAUAUGGCUUCUACUGAUUUUAGAAUGUUGGCAAUGCUGAGACAAGCUGAAUUUGAUUUGGAAGCACAACAUGGCCCUCGUUGAAAAAUGUUUGGUUCUGAAAAUGUCACCUGUUUGCCUUAGUAACAGGGUUUUUGUGAUGGUUUGUCUGUCCAACUCAAAGCACAUAGUUAUCUAUUAAGUGCAUUAUAAUUGGAAUUCACUGUAAUCCAAUGAGAAUGUCGACUUUUCUGUAUCCAAAUGUAUAACUUUAAUUAAAGGUGUUACGUGAACUGAAAAA